UAUAAAUACAGUACAUAAUCGAAGAAAACCCUUCGAAUGUAAUAUUUGUAAAAAAUCAUUUGGACAAAAGCAAAACAUGAAUAGACACAUAGUGACGAUACAUAAUCGAAAAAAACCCUUCGAAUGUGAGAUCUGUCACAAAUUAUUUGGAUACCAGAAUGUACUGAAAACUCACAUUACGGUAGUACAUAAUGUACAUAACCAGAGCAAACCUUUCGAGUGUGACAUUUGUCGUAAAUCAUUUGGAUACAAACAUACGCUUAAAGAUCAUAUAAGUGCAGUACAUGAUGGAAGCAAACCCUUCGAAUGUGAUAUUUGUAAAAAAUCAUUUGGACAAAAGCCAAACAUGAAUAGACACAUAGUGAUGGUACAUAAUCGAAGAAAACCCUACGAAUGUGAUAUUUGUCUUAAAUCAUUUGGACCAAAAAAAGAUCUCAGCAGACAUAUAAGUGCAGUACAUAAUCAGAGCAAACCUUUUGAAUGUGAUAUUUGUCACAAGUCAUAUGGCCGAAAGGAUACUCUUAAAAGGCAUGUGAAUGCACUGCAUUACAGGAAUUAGACUUGAGCGAUCCGCUACUAGAAAAUCCUCAAAUUAAAGCAAUGCUUAUUUCUCGACUUCGCACACUGAAAUCUUUAACCGAUUCCAAAAAAAGGGGAACAAAUUCUAUUGGUCAUUCGGCACAACCUGUGUUCUUAAUGUAUAUUGUGUAUCCAAUGAUAAAAAAACAUGU